UAAUGCACUCCAGGAUCAGCGGGAAACCAAAAUGGCGAAUGUGUUGGGUGAAAAUGAACCGUUUAUUAUUUUCUAAGAAACACGAAUACGAAAGUGACAUAUGUAAUACAGUUCCACUUCAAGCGACUUCGACGACAACUGGACAGUACAUUUAUUCUCGGUUCCGAACGACUGUUUACAAAUACGAGGCUUAUUGACCGCACAAAGUGACCGAAUGAGAGACUCCGGAUCGCCCCCCUUCUCCCGCCAGCUGGACGCCGCCCCCCUGGCUCCGCCCCUCUCCGCCCUCAGCAUCAAGGAGGAGUAUGUGGAGGCGGCCAUGUUGGCCGACAAGUUUGCAGAGGGCCAGGAUGUCCUGGCUCGAUGGUCGGAUGGACUCUUCUACCUGGGAACUGUAACCAAGAUCGACAGAGACAGGCAGCGCUGUUUCAUAGUGUUCGAGGAUCGCUCCAAAUCCUGGGUCCUGUGGAAGGAUAUCCAAACAGGAGAGGAUGAGGAUGAUGAUGAUGACGGGGAUGAGAUGGUGUGCACCAUCUGCCAGGAGGAGAACUCCGAGGAACCCAACGAGAUCGUCAUCUGUGAUCGAUGUGGCCAAGGUUACCACCAGCUGUGCCACUCCCCUAUCAUCAACCCCAGCGUGAUCGACUCUGACGAGAAGUGGCUGUGCAGGCCGUGUGUGAUCGCCACCACGCCCAAGAGAGGCAGUUCUCUGAAGAAGGGCCCCCAGGACAAGCGUCCUCUGCAGGGCCUGCAGGGCCAGCAGGCCUGCCUGCCCUACGCCCUGGAGGAGCUCGUCUGGGACCAGGGACACAAGACCAACAUCCAGCAGUGCUACUGCUACUGUGGGGGGCCUGGGGAGUGGUACCUGAAGAUGCUGCAGUGUAGCAGGUGUGAGCAGUGGUUCCAUGAAGCCUGCGUUCAGGCCUUCCAGAUGCCUAUGCUCUGCGGAGACAGGUUCUAUCUGUUUGUGUGUUCGGUUUGCAACGGUGGACCAGAGUACCUCAAACGCCUGCCUCUUAGAUGGGUGGACGUAGCUCACCUGAGCCUGUAUAACCUGAGUGUGAUCUACAAGAAGAAGUACUUUGACUCUGAGCGGGAGCUCAUGACCUACAUCAACCACAACUGGGACCUGCUGCAGCUGGGAAAGCUCGCUCACACCCCCAGAGAAGAACGCUACGAGCGCAUUCUGGAAGCACUGAACUGCAACAACAACAUGUUCAUGUCAGGUAAGGAGAUCAAGAAGAAGAAGCACCUGUUUGGUCUGCGGAUCCGGUUCCCCCCGGGCCCCGAGGGCUCUGAGGUCCCGUCCCACCGGAAGCCCGAGAGAGCCUCCAACGAGAUCACCAUCAAGGGACGCAAGACGCACAAGCCCCGCCCCCCAGCCAGCGAGGCGACAAACGGAACACUGAAGAACAGGAAGAGGAAACAGGAGAGCUGCUCCCUGGAGACUCUGGCCAAGCUCCAACGCUCCUGCCAACCCACCCAGGAAGUGAAGAAGCAGCAGUCCGAGCCCCCCUCCCUGGACCUGCUGUCCUCCAGGAGCAGGAGUGACCGGUAUCUCCCGUCCUCCAGUACCUCAGAUGUGGAGUCUCUCAGCAACACUGAAACUACCUCAAGCAGCCUGUCAAGGCAGUCCAGCUUCUGCAGCUCCACUAAGCCCCCCCCCGCCCGCUACCCGCCCGCCCCCCAGCCCCCCGUCAAGAGAAAGCGGGGGCGCCCCCGACGGGCCCUAGAGAACCCCCCUGCCAGCCACCCAGGGCCCCAGGGCCCCUCCGCCCCGGGCCCCCACAGCCCUGGCCCCAUGCAGGGCCUCCACUCUCCGGACAUGGACCCGGACAGCCAGCUCUCCCACCUCAAGACCUCCAUCAGCAGCUACUUCGGGGCGGCCGGCCGGCUGGCCUGCGGGGAGAAGUACCGGGUCCUGGCCAGGCGGGUCACCCUGGACGGUGACGUCCAGUACCUGGUGGAGUGGGAGGGCGUCACCGCGUCCUAACCGCCACUUACCACAGGGUUAGAACACGUUCGUAACGGCGGUGCUUGUUAACUCUUACAGGACCCUGCGCUUCAGAGGGAAUGCUGGGCUUUCAGCCCGAUGGGGGGGCCCUAACCUCCUCCCUGUGUGUUUAUAACUGCUUAUAACACCCAUCUCAAGCGCUUAUGACACGACUAUUAACAGUGCUUAUUCAACGUUUACUCACACACUUACCCAGUGGUUUCCCCUCUCAGACUUGGGGCUUGUUAGGCUGGGAGGGUGCUGCUGGCAUUUCAGGGAAUGCUUGCUGUGGGCGCCUCAGAUGUGCCGAAGUGUAGCAUCGCAUCUCCCCUGUCAGCUUUAGUUCAAGUCUUCCGGUGAAGUCCCCCCCCACCACACCACCCACCCCUCCCUUCAGUUUCAAGGUUUCCUCAGUCGGUGAAACCAGUCAGGUUCUAGAAUGGUGCUUCUGUGUUUUACACGUUCUAGAACGGUGUGUUUGUGAGAUCUUCUGGAUUCUAGGUUUGUGAGAUCUUCUGGAUUCUAGAACGGUGUGUUUGUGAGAUCUUCUGGAUUCUAGAAAGGUGUGUUUGUGAGAUCUUCUGGAUUCUAGAACGGUGAGAGAGGGAAGGAGGGGGGGAACAAGGGUGAGGGUCAAUGCUGCAAACCUUUUUAUUACUUUACGUGGGCAUUAACAUAAACUCCUUGCUACUACAUGUAUUCUUAACCAAUAUGCCUUCAAGCUAGGAGGUUGUCCCCAGACAGGAAGUGUUGGUGUGAGAUGUGAUGUCACAUCCUGCCAGACCCUUCAAGAUGACCCUCCAGAUUACUGGCCAGCACUCAACGACUCAAAUUAGUGAGACCUUCUUAAAGCUAUCGUAGUCUGUAGGAGGUGAAGACCAGCUUCUGAGCGCCUGGAAGGAAGUCUUCUUCCAGAGACCAUCAAACUCCAAACUAGAGGGUCACCUUUCUUGAUUUAGUAAUUUUAUUUUUAACUUUUGUGUUUUUGUUAUUAACUGUGAGUGGAAGAGGAGCGAUUUAAAAAAAUGUGAUGGGUUUCUGCUUCUGAGAAAGUGUUGUUGACAAAUAUUGUGUAUACUGUUGUGUAUACCUCAUCUUUGUACAUGUCGACUAAGUACUAGUGUUAUUCCAUUGCCAGUGAAAGUGUCUGACAAGUUUAUACUUCUAACUUUUAGUUUGUAUGUUUUAUAUAUAUAUAUAUAUGACUAUAUAUUUCCGCUGCAAUUAUGGUAUGCAAUCACAACUCAAUGUUCAUUAUGCUUUGGGCCAUUUACUCUUAACAGAUUCUCAAACAGACAGGACCUUUUUUACUUUUGAGGAUAGUUCAGCGAUGAGUUAUUUUGGUCUUUUAGCUGCCUAUGCAAUUCUUCAACUUUUAUUUUUCAGUUUUCUGGAGGUUUUCAAUUUGUUUCCCUUCUGUGCUAGAAGGGAAGAAACUAGAACUCUAUACACAUUCUGUAGGUCUCACAACUCAGGCUUUUAUUUAGGGUUUCAGUAUUGGUGCUAUAAAGACCAUUUCCUCUGUAACUCUGCUCACUCAGUCAUCAGGAGGUCUGUCAUCCCUGCCACACUCAGGACAAACCUACAAACCCAGCCUCCACACCCAGCCCCCACACCCAGCCUUCACACCCAGCCCCCACACCCAGCCUCCACUAUUAGAGGGGGGGGGGGGGGGGCGGAGAGAUUGGAACCAGGCAGUAUGUUCUAGAAUCCAAGCCAAGAUGUGUAGAAUGUGGUUUUCAUUGACAUGUCACAAUGGAACUUUACACUGUGAUCAUUUGUCUCAGUAUUCCGGUGGAGUAGCUCUCUACUUACACACUAGCAGUUAUAAAUAAUCAGCUUUAACCUACUCUUCAGAGGUUUUUGUAAGAAAAAAACAAAAAGAAUAAGUUAUCCAAUCUGUUCAGGAUUACGCCAGUGACUGUUUUCCGAGGACAGGGAGCUGCAGGAAAUCACUGGAACACAGUUGGUGUGGUUUUUUGUUCUUGACAUAGAUACCUCUUUAUUUCAAAGUUGAAAUAUAGUCUAUUUGAAGCUGUUUUCUUUCCUGUAUGUCAUCGUGUUAGACGCCUGUUUUGUAUUGGCUGUGGGACGGCUUCUUAUUUAGCCAAAGAAUAAAUAUAAAAGCCUGUUUUGGAUGUCUCUUUUUGUUGUUUUUCUCAAUUCUUUCAACACUGCAGGUUGUCAACUGUACAGACUUUGUUUUACGAGUCCAUAAAUGUCUGAUUCUGUUAAAAUUAUAAUUUGUACAAAAUCUGAAAUAAAACCAUGAUUUUCUUUC